AUGUUCAAUUCAUUGUCCUAUGGAACAACUUUAAUCAAUCACACCACCACCCAACAACAAAACCCAAAAUUACCCAAUGUUCUGGUCAUUGGUAUUGGGGAAUACGUAACAGGAUACGUUCAUGAGUCUGCUUCUCAAUCCGAUAAGCCUAUCGGAGUGGUAUUAUUAACUCUUUUUGAUUUACGUCGGAGAGGAAAAAUACAUCACAUUUAUCUUGCAGGAACACAAGGUACUAAAUUUACGGGUAUUAGAAAUCAUUUAAAGAGAGGGUUGAGUCGAUACAAUUUUGAAGGAAAUACUAUUAUUUCUGGUUCGAGAAGAGAUGAACACUCUGAAGAAGCUCUGUCUGUUGUGGAUGAAUAUCUUACAGAAACGUUUCCUGCAGAUUCUGUUGAAAAAGAUAUUCAUGCCUACAGAGAAGGAUUGAAAAGGUUAAACAAGGGAGAUGUUGUGUUCAUAUUCACGCCUGAUCAUACACAUUAUGAGAUUGCAUUGGAAUGCAUUAAUAGUGGAAUGCAUGUUCUUGUGGCAAAACCACUCGUCCAAAAAUUAGAACAUCACUAUGAGUUGAUUAAUGCAAUUCGUAAAGAGAAUGUACUCGUUGGCGUUGAGGUUCACAAGAGAUGGGAUCCAAUCUAUUCGGAUGCAAGAGAUCGAAUUUUGAAUCAAGAUGAAAUUGGUGAUUUUUCUUAUUUUUCAAGUUACAUGUCUCAACCUAGUUCACAACUCAUUACUUUCAAGAAUUGGGCAUCUCAUAGUGACAUUUCAUAUUACUUAAAUUCUCAUCAUAUUGAUUUCCAUUGUUGGGCAUUAAAUGGAAUGGAAACGAGAAGUUCAGAAAAACAACAACGAUUUUGGAGACCAUACAGGGUAUUUGCAAGUGGAUCCUAUGGUGUUGCUAACAGUGAGCCAUUUAAUAUUAACACUGAAGACUCGAUUACUCUCACGGUUCAAUGGGUUGACUUGUCAUCCAAAAUUUGCGAAAAUCCAUCGAAAGAUAAUUCUGCAGAAAACUUUUCAAAAUGUCUCAAAGGCACUGCUGUCUACACAAGUUCUUGGGUAGCACCAAAGAAAUCAGAUGUCCACUCCCAGCAACGAUUCAUGUAUCAAGGAAGUAAGGGAGAGAUUACCGUUGAUCAAGCUCAUCGUGGAUACACAGUAGCAUCAGAUGCUCCCACAAGUCUUGGACUUCGUUCAAUCAACCCUCUAUUUAUGAAAUACUCACCUGAUGUGUUUGGAAGAUUCUCAGGCCAAAAUGGUUAUGGCUAUUUGAGCCUCUCAAGUUUUGUAGAGUGUGUUUAUUUGUAUGAGAAUUCACUUGUCACCGAUUUGAAUCUCCUCAAGCAACAGUUACCAUCCGUCGAUGUCAUUCAACACAGCAACACAACAGAGAACGAUUGCCGUCCAGCAAUGUUGUCUGCCUCUAUAUUGACGACAGCAAUUUUAGAGGCUGGCCGUAUUUCCUUAAAUAAGCAACUCGAAGGAAAAUUUUCGUCUGGCGACGUUGUGAUUCAUUACAACAUGAAAACUCUGUUGCCCACUCAUUUUGAAUAA